UUUCAUACAUUUCAGCCGUCAACGUAUGACACAAAAAAUAAUGCGCACUGUCGAGGUCGUCCAUGUCAACCAAGAGUAGUUGAUAGGCCGUGUGUACUGUCGUGAUAAACUCGUAUGCCUCGUCAUAAAAUUCGUUUGAAGACGCACAACGAAUAACGGCACUUGACUUACGCCAGUAACGGCAACACGGACACAGUAAUAGAUUAUUAUAAGACAAGGACACACUUUAUGUUGGUAUUUGUUGAUAAACGUUUAAGCUCUCUUACCUAACUGGAAGCUAGUGUUUAUGGAUUCCAACCGACAUGUCUCAAAGCGAAGUGACUGGUAGUGGGACUCGCAAAAGGAAACGCUCAAUCUCCAGUGAUUUGAGUGGAAAAGUGAAAAGAGAAUCUGAGAAUAAGAGCAACCAUGACAUUCUCAGCCAUGCUCCCGCAAGUGUGAAGAUUGUAGACCUUGUCGAAAAUAGAGCAACAGAAAUCAUUGCAUUGACAAAUCAUGUUGAUAAGAUUGGAGGGACGAAGCUUGUGUCGCAGCGCCUACCUCGCCACAUGCGGCGCCGUGCACUCAGUCACAACAUACAGAGGCUGCCCAGAAGACUGAGGGAGGUGGCCGCUAAAGAGAUUGAGCGUACCGGUUCUACGAAGAGGCCAAGCAGGAAACACAGGCGUCGGCCCAAGAACUUGAUGUCCGAGUACCAGCGGCGUCAGCGGAGGGUGUCAUGGCUGGAGACACACAUCUGGCAUGCCAAGAGGUUCCAUAUGAUAGAGAAGUGGGGCUAUCGCCUUCCUGAUCAUCCCAAUGACAAGAGCAUGAGAGCCUGUCACCGGGCGGCAGAUAAAUACUGCCUGUUGCAGGAUGUCUCGUAUGAGGGUUGUAUCGAGAUGACCGGCCGGGAAGACAGCAUCAGACUCUGUCUGUCACACAUGGUGUCGGACCAAACAGGACCCACCCUUCUAGGCAAGCAGUAUGUGAAGGGAAGCAAGUGGGGCGAGACGGUGAUGUUUAGUCAGGACCAGUAUCCGUACCAGGCAAUUGGUCGCGUGUCCUUCCUGUGGAGACCUCCGCAGUCGGAAGACAGCACAGACAGACAGCUGUGGAUGUGGAGUCAUCCAGCGAGUUUUGAAAACAUCUGGCAGGAAUUAGUUAAGUGCGUGACACUAGAAUUUGGUGUCAGUCCACACAAAGAAGAGACACCCUUGCAGAAUGGCAAAGAGAAAACGGAUGGGAAAACUGAAGAUUGCAGCCCUGAGAAAACUGACUUAAGGGAUCUCCAGUUUAAAGCUGGUGGUAUCAAACUCAAGUCCUUGAAAGACAGCCUGUGUAGGUUCCGUCUUACUGGUCACACAUCACAGGCUAUUGUAGCUAAGGUGUUGCAGCCCAGUGAUGUCAGUGUAACAGAUGUAACAGGCUCCCUCUGGUGGCAGAAGUUUUAUGCAAGGGAAGACAAUCAAAGUAGUUGUGCAAAACAGAAGCUGGUAUCUGAUUGGCUGAAGAGAUGUCAGUCAGCAACAGAAGCUCCGCCUUCACAGGUGGUUGCACUGACAGUCCGAGAUCCCCGACUGUUACUGCCACCCAAGAAGAUUAAAGUAAUGCCCAAAGUGGAAGUUGAGCAGACACAGUCCAGCCCUACUGAUGCUGAACUGGUCCAGACUUCUCCUCUCUGGGAUGAAGCUGUGCGACAGGAAGUGAGGUCAUCCAAGAUGGCUGACCAUGAGCUGAACAAAAGACGUGGUGAAAAUCUUGUGCCAGGAAUGCCUGUUGAUCUUGGAUUGGAUGAGUCCCGAAUACCCGUGUUGCUGCUGCAGAGGCCAGGCUAUAGGACUACCAUCUCAGCCAGCAGACAGCAGCAGCCCAAGUCUGUCCACCAGGGGUUCGGAUGUGGGUGGGACGUGAUUGUUCCACAAGGAUGGGGCACAGCCUUCCAUAUUGCUCUUGUGUUCCGUGGAGCAAGAGUUGGGGGACUGAGAGAAGCGACUGCUGUGUCACGCGAAGCAGGAACUCUGCAGUUCCCGGCUGACUUCCCGGACACCCAGGCCGGGAAAGAGUAUGCCGCUGGUCAACAGGAUCAGCUGAAGAAGAAGUACGACCGCAACCCUCCAGCCAAGCGGCCCAACUUUGUGAAGAUGGGUGUCCAGAACCCAUUCCUUUGUCCCUGGUCACAGUUAGUGGAUGAAUGGCAAUCUACAACUGCACCACAGUCCACAUCUGGUCAGAUCUUCGUCCUCAGGAAUCUACGAAUGUUGAAGCUGUUGAAUGAAGUCAUGAGGAUGCAAAGAAAAGGUGAUGGCUCAAACUUGAGCAGGUUUGAUGCAUUUCCUGGAAAGGCUGAAUUGGAGAAGUUAGUAUCUUCCAAUGCUCGAUGUUUAAUUCCUCUUCGGAUUACAAUGCAUGGGAAAGGUGUUCCACUGAAGUUUGCUCACAUUUGUAUCCCCAAAUCUGAAGAUUUUGAGAGUCUUAACAAGGACUCUGAUACUGGAGGUCCUUGUGAACCAAAGCAUCCUGAUCCUGAGGGGGUAAGGAGAAGAAAGGCAAGAAAACAAAACAAAAAGUCCAAGAAAACAAAGACAAUUGAUCUUAAGUCAGCUCUGGCAACACCAUCUAAUCCCAUGGAAGCAGCUUUAGCCAAGAUGCUUACACAUGGAGAUGAAUCAAGCAAGGAAGAUAAUGAAAACAAGGAUUUCUCUCCAGAAAAAGAAUUGUCCAAUGCCAGCUCAUCUGGUGAGAGACUUAUCAGCAGUACGAAACGUCAGAUAAUUGGCUUUGUGAAUGAUGGAGACUUUUCUCUGGGACAAGGUCAAGGUCAUGGGAAGGCAUUCUGCUCUCUGCCUGGUCUUCUGAAGCUGAUGUCUGAGAUCUCAGCAGGUGCCCCAUGUCUGGCAUUGGUGAGGAACACCACCACUCUGCAAUACCGCUUUGUCUGGCUGUCAGUCAUCAUGUAGUCAGUGGUGUGUUAUCCUAGAUCCCAGCAGGUGCCCAAUGUCUGGCAUUGGUGAGGAACACCACCAUUCUGCAAUACCGCUUUGUCUAGCUGUCAGUCAUCAUGUAGUCAGUGUUGUGUUAUCCUAGAUCCCGGCAGGUGCAUCAUGUCUGGCAUUGGUUAGGAACACCACCACUCUGCAAUACCGCUUUGUCUGGCCGUCAGUCAUCAUGUAGUCAGUGUUGUGUUAUCCUAGAUCCCGGCAGGUACCCCAUGUCUGGCAUUGGUGAGGACCACCACCACUCUGCAAUACCGCUUUGUCUGGCUGUCAGUCAUCAUGUAGUCAGUGUUGUGUUAUCCUAGAUCCCGGCAGGUGCCCCAUGUCUGGCAUUGGUGAGGAACACCACCACUCUGCAAUACCACUUUGUCUGGCUGUCAGUCUUCAUGUAAGAUCCUAGCAUGUGCCUCCUGUCUGGCACUGGGAAGAAAGGACCAGACUCUACUUAACCACUUUGUCAGUCAUCAUGUCGUCCAUGCCAGACUAAGAAGAAUUCAGAGCCUUCUCUUUGCUUACAAUCAAAACUCAUGAGCGUGAAGGUUUUGGCAACACGAACAGUAGGCGCCACACACUGGUACGAAUUAUCUGAUUUCCUAGCUUCUGAAAGAUAACCAAUAUAGUUCAAAGCUGAUUAUUUCUUUGAGGAAGGUAAUGAGAAGCUUUGGCAAAUCAUGAAAAAAUGUAAAGUAUCACACUUGCAACAUCAGGAACAGGUGUCGAAAUAUGUUGACUGAAUUGAAGAUGUGUUGUUGUUUGUCAUAAUUAUAUCAUUAUAAUAUGAGUUGUUAUUUUAUUGAUGAGCUGUUGUAGAACACUUUUUCAAUAACCCUAAUGUUUCCAAGCACAUAAGUAAAAAGAAUAAAAGCAUUAC